AAAGGAGAAUCGAAAAUGAUGCCUUAAUUUCCGUUUAAGCAGCAAUUAGCUUUCCUCUUUUGUUUUCAGUUUUGUCUUUAAAUUUUCUCUUAACAACAAAACAAAAUAUUGAUCUAUUUGAGGUACCCAAAGAUUCUAUAUAAAUGGAAAACACAAUCUGAGUAACUCAUUAACACUGUGGAGAGAAAGAAAUCACCAAUAUACAAAGAUUCUUCAUUAUCUAUGUUUUAAUGCAUAUUCGGUUUUGAGGCGCAUCUUCUGGAGAUUCUUCUCAACCUCAACGAAAAUUUCUCAGCUUUUCCGUCAUUUUCUGCUGACAGAUUUUCCAAGUCAAUGUUUUUCUCUACUGGGUGUUUGUUUAUUAAUUCCUAGGCAUAGUAAGAUUUGAUUUGAUUUGAUUAUUUGUUUUUCGAAUCAUAUUAUUAUUAUCGGACAUUUCCAUUUUCCUGGUAAUUGGGAUUGGCUAUAAUUUCGCAAUCUUGUUUUUUAGGGUUUAUGUCGAUUGUGUUUGGAGGAUGCCCUUUUGUCUCCGAAUGAGAUUUGACCAUUAAAAGAUUGGUCCUUGAUGAUUGCAGUUUCUGGGAUUGAUUCUUUUUUAAAAAGGAAUAUUGCCUUUUUUGGCUGUCUGAUUUAUCCGUAUAAUUUUAUUUUUAAUGGUAAUGCGAGAAAAUCAGAUUAAGAUUCUGGUGUUAUUAUGUAUAAAUUAAAGAAUAGUGAAGGCUCUUUGCGCUUCUUGUUUAAGCAAGCUCUGCGUCACCCCCACCAUAUGGCUUAUUCGGUAGGCUAUGAUCCUUGUUCCCAUUUGAGCAAGCCUUUUUUCCAUUACCGACACCAUAGGGUUUAUGCCAAUGUUUUUGGGGUUAGUACUAGAACUAGAAGCAAUGGGUUCAGUCGUAAAGGUUGCAGCUUUGACACCAUUGGUAGUUGUAGUGGUAAUAGUAAUGGGAUGUUUGUGAGGGCAGAGGCAAGGCCCCGUUGCUUUGCAUCUCAACAUCGCCAACAGAUGUUGGCUGAUUUGGAGAAAGGGAAUUCUGUGAGGGAUGAUGACCGUGAUGCUACUGUGAUUAAGGUUGAUAAUGGAUCAGUCAAUGGAAGUCCUAUUAAUCCUCUUUGUUUCCGUGAUCACCAUUUGUCCCAGAAACUUGUUGUUGCUGUUGACGUUGAUGAGGUAUUAGGAAACUUUGUGUCCGCUCUCAACAAAUUCAUUGCAGAUCAAUAUUCAUCAAAUUAUUCAGUUUCUGAAUAUCACGUGUACGAGUUCUGUAAGAUAUGGAACUGUUCGCGUGAUGAAGCUGAUAUGCGUGUUCAUGAGUUUUUUAAGACACCAUAUUUCAAAUUAGGGAUCCACCCUCUCCCAGGUGCUCAGACGGCUCUUGAGAAGUUAUCAAGAUUUUGUAAACUAUCAGUUGUAACAUCUCGGCAGAAUGCAAUUAAGGAUCACACAAUUGAGUGGAUAGAGAAGAAUUAUCCAGGAUUGUUUCAUGAGAUUCACUUUGGUAACCACUUUGCUCUUGAUGGGGUGUCAAGACCAAAGUCAGAGAUUUGUAGGUCUUUGAAUGCUAAGGUUCUUAUUGAUGAUAACCCACGAUAUGCCAUAGAGUGCGCUGAUGUUGGAAUUAGAGUCCUACUUUUUGAUUAUGAAAACUCAUAUCCUUGGUGCAAGAAUGAGUCCGUUGAUCAGCACCCUUUGGUGACCAAAGUUAAGAACUGGGAAGAAGUGGAACAACAAUUAAUGUCAUUGAUGGCUUCAUAGUCUCUAAAUCCAGUAGCAAGGAUUGUGGAAACCACCUUUUCUACGUGAAGUGCUGGACCUAUUCUUGAAGAAGUGAAAUCACCUGAAGCGGCUGAAAGGAGGACCAACCAGAGGGUUAUAGGGUAAGCUGAGGUUGAAGAAAUACAAGUGACAUGAUUAUAUUCUUUUUCCCCUUUUUAAGCAACAUUUAUGAAGAUUGGAAUAGGAAGUUGUUCAUUUUUAUUCAAAUUCUCGUGGUUUAACAUAUAACCUGAUUAUGAUUUGUUUUUACCUUCCAUGAAUGUUGAAGGGAAAUCUGAAUCAUAUGAUUCAAUCUUGACCGUCAAAUUUAUGUCCUUAUGUGGGAUCACGUUUA